AAUUCAUAAACGUCUUAUGUAUCACCAAAGCGGAUCCAUAAAUAAUGAUUUUGUGGCUUAAUUGCCUUUGCCUACACACCAAUUUCAGGUCUAGUAAUAAACCGACCAGACCUGUUUUGCGCUUUAAGAGUGCAAACAGGUUGCGCGUAAACAUGCUUUCAACAAUUUCCUGUUAACGCUAGAGGCGCCUCUGUUGUUGAUGGCUUCUUGCUGCUAGAUUGAUGUAGCAUUUUACUAGAAGCAGUCAUCCAUUGCUUGCUAGCCAAUAUGAUAACAUUUAAUUGGUUGCAAAUUACAACGUAAUGGCGUCUUUACAAUGCUUAUUGUUUUCGUUCGUUAGCCAUCUUUCCGUCUGAUUCAGCACCCUUGACAAUGGCAGUCCCCUUCAAAAUCCCCAAGAGAAAACAGCCAUCAGAAGCUGACAACAUGCACAUGCAGUCCCCUCUCUCACGUCUCCGGGAUACCUCCAGCCCAUUCGAGACAAGCUGGUGCAAUGGCUCUUCAAAUGGAAAAAGGCCUGAACAGGUUGGCUCUCUGAAUGGACACAUCCCCAGAGCAGGGAAACAGAGCACUCCUAACCGGCUAGUUCUGAGGGAUGUCUGUGAAGCGCGUCUUGGACCUGCACAAUCAGACAAAUGGACCUCCAGCCAGUCAACAGGCUUCCAGAGACCAGCUCAGACCCCAGAACACCAUCCAGUUGCCUGCCAGAGAGGGAAUUCCCCAGAGCACAGCAAAUGGAGAGAGACCCACAUGCCCAGCACACUGCGGAGAUCACCCGCUCGCUGUCAGAUAGCAGUCAACGGAACACCUAGGACGCAGACGGAGUCUCUGACUCAUAAGAAGCCACCUCACAACCAAUCAAGCCCUGUGACAUCAUCAACACACAAAGCUGAACAAAGACUCCCAGCAGCCUCUCCUCCCUGCUUCAAAAAUGGAUGGCGCCCUAAGAGGGCAUCAGACACACUGUGUCGGGACAAGAAUCAAGAGACUGGGUGUGUGUCGCCACUGCUCAAGACACGCCGUGCAGAGUUCAGUGGAGAUUCCCAAAUGUCUGUGAGAUGCAGCCCAGUGGAGUCGGAGCAGGAUUCUGCAUCAGAACCAUCUCCAGAAAGAGAGGUGGACAGUUUCUCAAAGACUGACGACAGGCUCUCUGUCUCCCCGGGAGACUCAACAUGGAGGAGACAUGACUCUGGGAUGAAUGGAUCUCCUCCACAAAACACAGAGGAGGGGAAGGGAAGCUCAGGAUCACUGCAGAACCAGAUCAAGAGGACUAAUGGUUCACCAGGGACGGGCUCCAGGGGAAGUGUCCCUGUCCCUGCAGGCCACCGAAACCAGAGCCCAGAUAGUGAUGACCCACCCGACCGCCCUUUGAUGUCAGGGGCCAGAGGUGCAUCCACAGGGUCCCCAAGACACCCCCUCUCCGCUGUGGCUUCAGUGACCCAGGACACACAGGAGAAGCGGUUUACCUUUAGCAGGCCUCCCCUCCGGGCUAGCCUUACAGACAGAGAGAGGAGGCCUCCCCUCCGGGCUAACCUCACAGACAGAGAGAGGCCUCCCCUCCGGGCUAACCUCACAGACAGAGAGAGGAGGCCUCCCCUCCGGGCUAACCUCACAGACAGAGAGAGGAGGCCUCCCCUCUGGGCUAACCUCACAGACAGAGAGAGGAGGCCUCCCCUCCGGGCUAACCUCACAGACAGAGAGAGGAGGCCUCCCCUCCGGGCUAACCUCACAGACAGAGAGAGGAGGCCUCCCCUCCGGGCUAACCUCACAGACAGAGAGAGGAGGCCUCCCCUCCGGGCUAACCUCACAGACAGAGAGAGGAGGCCUCCCCUCCGGGCUAACCUCACAGACAGAGAGAGGAGGCCUCCAACCAAAUGUCUCUCCCUCCAUCUCAGGCUGAGGCGGCCCAAGUCCACUUCCACAGAACCUAGUAAGUUGACCCACUGUUGA